GCAAGUAUCAGUGUAUCAACAAGGCGUUCGGACCAAGGACAGCCUGUCUCCAGUAUCACGGCGCUGCUGAUUGACUGGAUUGAACCUUUCGCCCGUGCCAGGGUUGGCGGUCUCAUUGGGCCAGCAUGCCUCGGGAAGUUCUCUCGUGGCCUCGCAGAUGUGCCAGCAGAUGCCAGCAAGCAGUCAUCUGGCUGUGGCGACUUCUUCCCACAUGGAGCACUGUCAUAUGGGUGCAUCCGCGCCGUCCAAAGAGCUGGGCCGACAGAGACCAAAUGUGGCAGUCGCUUACCAGUGGGGACCUUUCCUCGCAGACCCCUCUAGCAUAUACGCACACCAAGAACAAGACCUUUUCGAGGCCUUCCUGGACAGCAGACCGAACGCCGUCCGGGUCCUUGGUAGCACCCUGGAACAUGACGGAUACGACCCUGAGGGUUCAGCAGCCUGCGCGACUUACGAAUUUAUUGCGGAUGCAGCAAGUGAAGAUUCAAUGCGGGCCAUCAGCGGCGUUGCCGUGAGCUUACUCAAGACGACACUGACAGUUCGUGAUUCGGAGCACCCUCAUCAGGAGCCAGACAGUCGUUCGGAAUUUACGCCUGGUCUGAAGUCAGACUUGUCAAUUUCGAACAUGAU